CGGUGACAUCCAUCUACCAGAUACGGAAGCCGAUUAAACGAAAGCUUAUAAUCCGUUCAAACUAUCCUCUAUAAGCAAAAAGUAAAAUUCAAGAAAAAAGUUUUAAAUCUCUUAGACUACGAAGUUUGAAUUUUUGUUAUAACCCAUCAGCUGUAUUUGCGCGAGCGGCAUUUUGAGUAGAUUUAGUAGUAUUAGGAGUCAUUACAUAUGAGGUUACUAACGUGAGUCUGUUUUUCUUAUUGCAGGGCAGCAAAUGUAAUGGAAGCCAUAUUUAAGCUGACCCUGCAGAACGAUAGAUAAUUCUAUUUUGUAAUAGAUUUUCUCUUUUUUGUACCCGAUCCAAAUCUUUGAAUUUUCGAAAUAUAUGUUGUACUAACCGUUUCCGCUUCCAAGUAGACGCUAAUAAUACGCGCUGCAGUGAUGCAUAAUUUAGAUUUCGACUACGAAGAGCCGGUUGAAAAACGUUUUGAAGACCUCUGUCAAGAUUUAUGUAUAGAUGGAUCUGUUAGAGAGGAAGCUUGGGAAAAGUACAAAGAUGUUUGGGCGAAUUAUUCGAUUGAUGGUGAUCAAAUCCAGUGGCUUGUUUGUUCUCUCUAUGAAUGUUGUCGCCGUUGUCUAUCAGACGGAAUUUCUGGACAUGUCGAUAACGCCUAUAUAUCUCUGUCACGAUUGUUAUCUGCAGCCAAAAUGAGUAUGGUUCAGUUUUUUCAUCGUAUUAGGAAAUGGGCUGACAUGACUGAUAUGCUGGAUGAUAUGAGAGAUCGCAUCGAGCUCAUUGAACGUCAGUUCUCCGUUUCAUCGGUGAUAUUUCGUAAUUUCGGUCGAUCGUUUGGGGUAUUAUUUUCUGACACAGAUUAUGAGACCAGUCAAAUGCGCCCAACGGGUUCUGACUUAUUCAGGUUUACAUGGCUGCUAUUCAUCAAGUCUCGAGCAAGUUUUCCAGCAGUUACCGAUGAUUUAGUCAAUUCCUAUCACUUACUAGCCUGCUGUUUGGACUGGACUCUUGGUGCAGUUAUGCUUUCCAGAAGACGAGAUUUGAUCAAUAUGGAGCAAAAUGGUUUGCCUAGGGAUUUUUUAACUUCAGUUGCUCAAAACAAAACUUGGUGUCCACCUCAUGAUGAGCCAACUUGUAUGCUACGUCCAAUAUGCGAAGAUAAUGAUGUUAAUUAUGUUGAGUGUAAAACUGUGAAAGAACACUUUUUUCGACCAUUUAUGCUAAGGUUGAUUGAAAAGGUUAGUAUUAUUUAUCUCAGAAGUUAUGCUUUAGUGCAUACCUAUUUCAGAGAAUCAAUUUUGAGUACAGUUAAAUAUUUAAGCGAUUGCAAAUGUAUUUAGCUCAGGCUGGACUUGCCGUGUGAUAUAAUAUUUCAAAGAUAAAAGCAUUUUCAGUUAUUAAUACAUCAUAUAGCUUGAUGUGCAAAAAUAACAGUCGCCUAAUUGUAUUGAAUAAUAUAAAUACUUUUGUUAUAUGUUAUAUUACUAAAAGAUUUUGGACUUAUGUAGUUUACUAAGUAUAUCGUGAAUGUACAUCGAGUAUGGAUUUUGAAAUUUACAACUCUGAAGGUUAUAUUCAGUGGUUUUCUAUUCUUUGAGCGAAAGUCAUAAAUUUUGAUGCUAUUCUAAAUAAUUCAUAAAAUUAAACUUACAGUUGUGCAUUGCAAAUUUUCUGAUAGUAAACUAGGCAAAAUUUGAUUUUAAAAUGCUAUUUUUCAUUUGAGAAGUAUUAUGUCCUAUGUAUACCCAGCCAUCGCCUACCUCGAUGGCCAAACCAUAUGGACAAGUGUAGACUAUCUAGUUAGGCCCCAAAAUGCCCUGGUACGGUCGAGGGUAAGGAGAGUUCGCUCUCUCUUGAAGUGCUCUCGUAAGUUCACGAGUAUACAGUCACUGCCAGAAAAGUCCUACUCACUGCUUUCUCGUGGUAAGGGUGUUGUUUACGAAAUUGAGAGGAUGAAAACCGAAAGUCCAGCGCCUCAACCAGGUUGGUGGUCACUGGCUACCAUGAGACUGCUCCACUGCCUUGUGGAUUAGACCUUUAUAUCAAAGGCUCCGGGUGUGAUCCCGCUAAGAAGACCACCUGCUUCGGUUUGGGCGCCCAAGUAGUGUCCCAGCCCUCACACAAAUCGCAUGAUUUAUAUGGCGCAUAUCUAUUUGGUGCCAUUUUAUGCCAAUGUUUGUAUGUUUAAAUGAAUAGGUGUGUUGGAGUCCAUAAAAUAAUAGCAACCAGUGUUUGGAGACGUUGAAUGGGGGACAGAUGCAUACACUCUAUAUCGUCCCUUAGAUUUUGUGCUUUGAAACUCUUAUACUUUUUAUCCCACUAGUUCAUUCCCGAACCAUGCUGUCGAUGACUAAUGUUUCUACUUCCAUUAAUACUCUGGCAUUUGUCUUGACAAUUUCAUCUCACUCUGCUGAUAGUGUGUCAAGUCAAACUGCCCCACUUCCUACUUUGCCCAUGAUUAACCGACUGGCUGAUUCAUUGUAAGGAAACGAAAAAUAUAUGGUAGCUUUUGAUGGGCUUUGCUAAAGAAAGUUAAAUACAAAAAUAAAUGGUAUUUUCAAGAAAAAAUUCCUACAUACUAUGUUAUACGGAAUAUUCACUUCCUAAUUAUAAGUGGAUUGUCAUUACUUUCACGUACGUUGAUCACAUAAUGAUUCGAGAACGUCAAUUGGAAUUGUUUGAACGGUGCAUAUUUGUAAAUUGUUAGACUCUCUAUAGUUUGUUUGAUAAUUGUCAUUUCCAUGGAACAGUUUAUAUAGGUCCUAUAUUCUGAGCGCAAAUUGUUUACUUGUUUCAUUUUUUUAAAGAUCCAAGUAGCCUCUCACUUGAGUGAAAAUAUCUAAUCUGCCAUUUCAUUUGCGUAACGUUUUCAUGUCUACUGUUUAGUCCUAGAAAUAUGUUUUCAAAAUGUGUUGUACAAUAAAUGCAGGCGUUUGCGAUAUUUUUUUAAGGAUUUGAUCAAACUUCACCCUUCAGUUCUUGGGAGUUUAUUAGAACAGGAAAAUUUCGAAAUAACAAUUCAAAAUUUGAACAAUAACUAUGAGGAAUACAUUAUCGGUACGGGGGACUUUGAUGAACGUAUUUAUCUGAGCCCGAAUGCAUCAGAAGAAAUUGGAUCAAUCGGGGAAAGUACUGUUCAGUCUGAUUUUCAUCUACCUGUCGGUCUGACACCAUCUGCACGCCGAUAUAUGCUCGCAAGUUAUUUAUUUUUUGACUCGUUCAUUCUUAGUAUGCCUCUAGUUUAACAUUUCAAUGUUUUAAUUAUGUAAAGGUCUGAUUUUUUUCUUUUUUUGACAUAAAGGGCCAGUCCCUGUUAGUAUAUACGCAUCCUGAGCGGAUUACUUCGAUGAUAACGAAAAUAUUUGUUACUCUGACUCAUAACUCCUUCUUAUAACUUACAUUAUAUCUAUAGGAUUUAAUUUUUCACUUUGUUGUAAUAGUUUUCAUUCUUAUGAUAUAUUUUAAUUGCCACUGAACUUGUAUAUUUGAUCAAUUUCUGACGCUUAUUCGUCAUAAUCAUAAACCAAUAAUUAAUUUACUUUGAAGUGGUUUGGAUUAUCCCGUUGUUAAUAUUCUUGACUGAAAUUUGGUUAGUCCUGAUAGGUAUAUGAGCAUUCUUUGCAGAUUGCCUCAGUAUAGCCAUUAUGACACAAGUUCCACUGCUAACAACAUUCCAUCUAUUUUAUAUAACUCAAUACAUAUUCAAAUUAACGUACAACGCCCAUGAAGUACUAUACUGGUUGAAGUUCAUGAAUGUCAGAAUUUGAAAUUUACAAAUGAAGUUAGUCAUUUAACAUUUUAUAAGCCUAUCGGCGUACUAGUUUGUUAAAUUAUCAUUUCCUACCACAGAGGUCUUGACGUAGUCAAUGCUCAAUUGUGAGUAUUGAUUUAGCUUAAUUAUGUAACGUCUCAUUUCAAAAGUUGAUUACCUUUUUUUUACAUCUGAUAUCAUUUCUACUUCUGUUGAACAGCCUAGUAUGCUUUGUAUGAUAUUUAUGGCAAGCAUUUUCCAACUGAACUAAAUAUCCAUAUGAUAUCAUAUUGUUAAGUGAAAAUUAGUGCAGAUAAAACUAAAGAUAUUCAUUUGAUUUGCUUUUUAAAACUGGCUAGUUGAUUCAAAUUUAUAAACAUGAUGUUUCAUUCUAAAUAGGAUUGAAAUAGCACUUUUACGGAAACUUGUUUAAGCAUAUCAAUUGUAAUACGGUAACGAAUGCUUUCUAUUUCUCAGACGUUCUGUUUUCUCUAAAUUACUUAACUAUUUGUUCUCAUUAUGCUACCUUUUAUUCACGUUUACUGAUUUUAAUUCAUAAAAUAAUGAUUUUUAACUCGUUUUUUAUAUUUUUCCGUUGUGUUCUAAGGAAGUUAGUAACUCUGGUUUUGGAGGUUUCACUGAGACUACGCGGCGUGGUAAUGCGAAUGCUGGUGCUAUCAGUCGUCUUAAUGGAGGUGUCAAUUUUAGCAAUCCUGAAGCUCGAAGUCAAAAUCUCAAUCAAUUACAAGUUCGUUUGGCUUAUAAUAAUCAUAAACUGAGACAUUCUUGUAUUUUAUUUUGUCUAUCAAUUAGACGACAAUUUUCCUGACUAGAAGUCCCCUCUGUUUUAUUUUAUGGCUAUUAUGUUUGGCUCUUGAAAGUAGAGGAUAGUCUUAUAUUACUAGUGUCUGAAAAAUUUCUCGUGUAUGUUAGGAUCACAGAGUGAGCGAUGCUAAUGGCAGAUUGAUUAAUGAUGUAGUGGGUCUCCAUCUACUGCGAGGUGGUCUUGAUGUUUUACUUAUAUCCAACCAUCGCCUAUCUCGAAGGAUCAUCUGUUGCUGUAGGAGUACGUUAGAAGAAGGUUUGGAACAGACAAUCCGAGACGUGGCAUCAGUCCACGAAGUUAUUGAUUAUUGGUCUGAGCCACUCUAAUAGAUCCAGAAAAUCUAGUUGAGGUCUACAUGAUUAUUGUAAAUAGUAGUUAGAAACUGUGUGAUGUAGCUCAGAAUAGUUUGUAAUGCUAUAGGUCACUCGAGGUGAAUCUUUUGUUUCUAAUCUUUUCCACUAACGCUAACAUCGUUACUACUGCUACCAUUGUUACAUUUCACUGCUAAUGGUGUAUGGCAGCUUAAACCGAUGUAUAUAUAUCCUAGAGUUUACAUUUAGAAUUUUUACAAGGGUAUGUAUAGUUUCACUUUCAUGAACAAGAGCUCUUAAGCUCCAAAGGCGUUAAACCAUAGUAUUUUUUAGAAAUAAAGUUGCCUUAAUUACUUAUCCUAAUAUAAAUAUUAGUGUUUUAUAGUUCGUCAACUUCUGUUCAAAUUUAUUUUUUAUCCAUUUCUUUUCUAGAAAGUUGUAUUUAGUUUGACAGUAGUCACUACUCAAUAAUCAGACAAUUGCAAGUAUCUCGGUCUUACAGGAAACCAGACGGGACUCAGAUGGUAUCAUGUUAGCAUCUUGGACUGCAUAUCUGAGUAGUGUGUUCGUAUCUCACAAUCAGCCUUCGUUUUCUUAAAGAAUUACUUGCCUAUCAGAGAACGGCACAUUGUUCCGAAUGCAAAUAUAUAAUAAAAUAUGGAUUCAAAGACACUGAUGAAGUCUCAACAAGUCAUUGUACUAGUAGCUAUGCAAGCACUGUUGUUCUUGUCUAAAUUUGAGAAAACAAUAUGCAUCAAGUGGUUAAUGGGAAAUCGGUAUUAAAAAGAACUAUAUAUAGUAUUAGUUACUUAUGAGUAGUAUAAUCAGAUAAUAAUGCAUAAACUCUUCCAUAAACGGAGGGCUUUGGAAGUUAAUCAUUGGUCUUGUUGCAAUUUUGGUAGCUCAAGCAACUGGUUAGUGGUAUUGUUAACACUGCAACCCGGUGCAUAAACUUGUAUACUUGUUUGGACAGUUGCAUAGUUUUUUGUCGAAACGUAUGUAGGACUGUAAAAACAUAACAUAAAACAGAUGACGACAGAUCAACUUUUUUCCUUGCAGGUCACAAAUUGCUGAUCUGUAUUUUCGCAUGCAGUUACGAACCAAUGAGGUUUAUAAGCUUAAACUAAUCGCACUUAUCAGUGACCAGCAAACAAAACCCAGUCUUCUGUAAUUUAUAUAUAAAGCUACAAAUAAAGGUGUAUUAUCAAAUGAGUAUUAAUUAUCUUGUCGUAAUCUAAAAAGGUGCAUUAUGCAUGCUACUUAAGUUGUCUUGUUUUUUAGGCAAUUUUCAACCUGGGUCGACAAUAUCGACGUUUUUUUAUAAAACAUGCCUAUGUACUAUUUAUAUAUCAAUAGUGUUUGUUCGCUUAUACGCAUUGCACAGCAGUGGAAUUUCUUGUUUCACUUUUAUCAACAAAAGAAGCGUUCAUGCAAUCAAACAAAUAUUAUUUUUAAUAAUUUUUUCUCUGUACAGAUUUCGUUAAAUGGUCGAAACAAUGAGCCAUGUGAAUCUUUAGUCCAUCUUAUCAAUGCACAUUGUUCUGUAUCACCACUCUCUACAAUUCGUGAAAGAUUAGAUAAUUUAGGUGAACAAUUUCAACGAGCUUAUGCUGGAUUAAAAUCAAUCAGUAGUAGUGGAGUAACAAUAACACCAACAGCGAAUAAUUUAGCAAUUUCAGCUGCACAACAACGACUACAAUUAUGUUAUCCAUUAUACUACAUGGCUUUAGAAAAUAUUCUCUUAGAUGAAAUUCGUAGAAUCGAAAAGAAACUGGUUACUACUACUCUCACUCCACUCUCCAGUUCAAAUAAUUCAAAUAAAACACGCCGUACCCAUCCUGACCUUACCACAUUAUUAGCACAAGAUACAUUUCAUCGGGCUUUAUUCAUUUGUUGUAUGGAAAUAGUUAUGGUGAGUUGUGAUCCACCAAACCACCAUUUUCCAUGGAUAUUAGAAGCGUUAAGUCUUGAUUCAGUUCAAUUCUUUAAAGUCGUCGAAGUUUUAGUUCGUAACCUAGAUUUGCCGCGUGAAAUUGUUAAAUAUAUGAAUCAAGUUGUCGAAUAUAUUCUAGAUUCAUAUGCAUGGCGUACAAACUCUUCAGUAUGGUCGGUACUGAAAGCAACCGGACGAGCUCCAUCUAUUGAAGAAGUUAUACCUCCUGAAAAACUUGAUCAAGGUUCUAACGAUUGUUACACACGAAAUACCACUACCAUAUCUCCUGGCCGAAAAUUAUUAACUUCUAAUGUAAUAUCUACCAAAAAUAUAAAACUCUCACCAAAUUCUUAUGCUAAACAACCUCGUCUUACAGGUAGUAACAAUAGUAAUAAUAACAGUAAUAGUAUUACAUCUAAAGUAUCAGUUAGUCGACAACAAAACAUUGAAUUUUCAACAAAUCAACCUGGUAUCUAUCGGCUACUUUCAUCGGGAGUUGAAGAUGAAUCUGCUCAAGCAGCAGCUCAACUACUUGCAAGUGGAGCUACUGAUUCAGUUAAUAUAGAUUCUGGUCUUCUUGGAACAUCAGAUGAUGUUGGCAUCAAUCAGGAUAAUGUGAAUAUUGAUGUGAAACCGAUAACAGAGCAGUUAGUUGAUGAUUAUAUUGUUAACACCGCAGUUACUGUGACUAGUGCUACUACCACCGUUAAUAGUAGUAAUAAUAGUACUGUUGUUACAUCUCUAACGCCUGGUUCCGGCAAUACAAUUAAUUAUUUCCCUAUUCGACAUGAUUCAAUUGCCAUAUUUUUUCGACAAACAUAUCAAAUGGCCAGUUUACGUUUAAGAGAUUUAUGCGAACGUUUAAGUCUUACUCGUGAACUUAUGGCAAAAAUCUGGACAUGUAUAGAACAAGUAAUUGUGCAUGAAACUGAAUUGCUUAGAGAUCGCUGUAUAGACCAAGUUAUAAUGUGUUGCAUUUAUGGUAUAUGCAAACUUGUUCUCUAUCGUCCGCUUACAUUUGUUGAUAUAGUUCAGGUGUAUAGAAUGCAACCUCAAUCUUAUCGAGAUAUAUAUCGUCGUGUACUCAUCAACAGAGUUUCUUAUGGUCGUGGCAAUACUGAAGAACGCGGUGAUUUGUCUCGAUUUUACAAUGUUAUAUUUUUACCACAAAUGAAAGACUUCAUUAAAAAGGCAGCAUCUGUACGUUCUACAUAUAAUGAAACAGAUCCUAAUUGUCGAACAGGACAUCAUUCAUUAGGCUCUGAUUCAUUAUCAACCGAUGAUAACACUGUAUUGAAUCAAUGGACGCUUCAUCCAUCAUUAUCCCCAAUGCCUAUUCUCGUAAACAAUUUAGCUUCAAAUUCUGCCGCGGCUCUCAAUUUAGGUCUUGAUCCAACAACUACAUCGGGAGAUAUAAUACAAGCUAGACGUUUAGCCAGUAAUCGUAAUAUAUUCAUCAGUCCAGUUAAACAACAAGUAAACCUAUCUCCCAAAAAAGUCAUUUUUACAGUCGGCCGAAGUACUGGUAAAGAUUUACAAGAUGUUAAUCUAAUGAUAAGCUCUGCUGAACGUCGUGCAUCAAUGGCCAAUUUAACAAUGGGCUUAAAACGUCCAGCAGGUGGUGGCAGUACAACGACUACAUAUGUUGCUAAUUCAUCUCCAUUCACAGUCACUUCUGGAACAAGUUCAUCACGUACAGUUACAUUAGUUGGACCAAGUGGAUUCACUACAAAACGAAUAGAUUUUGAUAUGUGAACAUUAACUCAAUCGACAUUGUAUUAUUAUUAUUGCUGCUAUUUUAUACCUGCAUUUUUUCUUUGAAAAAAAAACAACAAAAGAAUUGGACAUUCACUAAUUCAUUGUUUUUCUAAUUAUCUUUGUGUUAUUAUCUGUGAAUAAACAAUAUCUAUAUAAAUUAUACCAAGAAUUUUCAA